GGGGAACUCACGCCCCACCUCUUGAAGUUCGAAGCUCCUUCCAAUUUUUUUUUUUAUUCACGAAGACUGCAUUUGAAAUUUGGAAAAUUUUGGAUGGCUCUCUCUCUCUUCUUUCCUCUCUCUCUCUACGCUUCUCUCGUUCUAUAAAUUGUAGGAGGAAGUGAGAGCCUCCCCUGCCUCACACCACACCUCCCUCUCUCCGAAUUCUCAGGUUCUCCUCAUUUCCCUCUUUACCUUCGCUCCCAUCUCUCUCUCGGAAUAAGAGUUGAAGAAUCUGGGGGUUUUGUUUUGGGAAUUUGAGGUGGAAUAGAGCAGCAGCGGCAGCAGCAGCAUCAGGUAGCGAUGGCUUCUCAGCAGAGGAAUGUGGGAAUUCUCGCCAUGGACAUCUACUUCCCUCCCACCUACGUUCAGCAGGAAACAUUGGAGGCUCAUGAUGGUGCAAGUAAAGGGAAGUACACUAUUGGGCUUGGACAGGAUUGCAUGGCAUUCUGUACAGAGGUGGAAGAUGUCAUCUCAAUGAGUAUGACAGUUGUUAAAUCCCUCUUUGAGAAAUAUGGGAUUGAUCCGAAACAAAUUGGUCGGCUGGAAGUAGGCAGCGAGACUGUGAUUGACAAAAGCAAAUCUAUUAAGACCUUCCUCAUGCAGCUUUUUGAGGAAUGUGGAAACACUGACGUUGAAGGAGUUGACUCAACAAAUGCUUGCUAUGGUGGAACUGCAGCUUUAUUUAACUGUGUCAACUGGGUGGAGAGCAGCUCAUGGGAUGGACGCUAUGGACUUGUUAUCUGCACAGACAGUGCGGUCUAUGCAGAAGGACCAGCCCGACCUACUGGAGGAGCUGCUGCCAUUGCUAUGCUAAUAGGGCCUGAUGCUCCUAUUGCAUUUGAAAGCAAGCUUCGUGCGAGUCAUAUGUCUCAUGCCUAUGAUUUUUACAAGCCUAACCUUGCCAGUGAAUAUCCGGUUGUUGAUGGGAAGCUUUCACAGACUUGUUACCUGAUGGCACUUGAUUUUUGCUAUCAACGUUAUUGUAAUAAGUAUGAGAAACUGGAGGGCAAACAAUUUUCAGUUUCUGAUGCUGACUACUUUGUAUUUCAUUCACCAUAUAACAAGCUUGUACAGAAAAGCUUUGCUAGGUUGCUGUUCAAUGACUACUUGAGAAAUGCCAGUUCCAUUGAUGAGGCUGCUAAAGAAAAGCUUGGACCAUUUUCAACUUUAUCUGGGGAUGAAAGCUACCAAAGCCGGGAUCUUGAAAAGGCAUCACAACAAGUUGCGAAGAGCCUCUAUGAUGCAAAGGUUCAACCAUGUACUUUAAUACCAAAGCAAGUCGGCAACAUGUACACUGCAUCUCUCUAUGCAGCAUUUGCAUCCCUCAUCCACAAUAAACAUAGCACACUGGAUGGAAACCGGGUAAUACUGUUCUCAUAUGGGAGUGGAUUAACUGCCACAAUGUUCUCACUUCGACUUUCUGGCAGUCAACAUCCAUUUAGCCUGUCAAACAUUGCAUCUGUGAUGAAUGUAGCAGGGAAGUUGAAGUCAAGGCACGAGUUCAUGCCAGAAAAAUUUGUCGAAACGAUGAAGGUGAUGGAGCACAGGUAUGGUGCAAAGGACUUUGUGACAAGCAAGGACAUCAGCCUCUUGCUUCCAGGCACAUACUACCUCACUGAAGUUGACUCCAAGUAUCGUAGAUUCUAUGCCAAAAAGGCUGCUGACAACACCUCUGAAGUCUCUUGUGAGAAUGGUUUGCUUGCCAAUGGUCACUGAUUGUGGACUCGGAAUAAUGAUGUAAUGCCCAGCAGUUGUUGGCUUAAUGUUUUUAGAUGUUAGUUCUCAGCGUUUGGAACAAUUUCUGUGCUUCCUUCAGUUAAUUCUGUAGCAAAUAGCUUGGUUUACAGCCUAGUAUCAAAUCUGGUCAUUUUUUUAUUGGGUUUUUUGCUUUCAAAAUUCUCUUUUGCAUUCAACAGAAAUCGAAAUCUUAUGUUCAUUUAUAGUUAUGUGAAGCUGAAAGAGUUGAAAAAACUUUCCCUCACCAAAGCAACUAGAUGUUGAGAGAUCUGUAAUUUGAAAUUCUGCUCAGUUGGAAGUGGGGAAUGGAGAAGUUUUAUGAUACAA